GGCUCACGCGCCCGAUGUGUCAGUCCGUCCGCGGUCCGUCGGGGCGGGGAUAGGCAGCUAGUACUAUCGCCUUCUUCCCCACUUCUACUUCCCCCGCUUUUUAUAACCGACGUCUCCUUGGCCUGGGACGCUGCUGCUGCUGACACUGCUCCUCAUUGAUUGAUUCAUUGAUUUCCUCCACCAUUCAGCAGCGCUCACAAUCACAAGACAAGCUUACAGGCGAGGGGUAGGGAGAGGCUCACCAGGUGCUCAGCGUUCAUGGAGAACCGCAAGGAGGAGCAGCAGGGCGCGGCGGUUGGGUGGAUGACCGUGCCGGCGUUCGGGGACUGGGACGUCAAGAACGGCGCCGUGCCUGACUACUCCAUGGACUUCUCCAAGAUCCGCGAGAUGCGCAAGCAGAACAAGCGCGAGCUCUCCAGGGCCAGCCUCGGCGGCGACGAGGACCUCCUCCAGCAGCAGCAGCAGCAGCAGAGUAGCAAGGCGCAGCCGCCCAAGUCCUCCGCCGUCGUCGCCGACGACCACCACCGCCGGCCGCUGCACGACGACUCCCCUACGGGAAGGAAGAAGUUCCUGAGCUAUUUCCAUUGCUGUAUCAGAGCAUGAGGAAUUCCAAAACUUCCUGCAGUGUCACAGCACAUAACUCCUGUGCAAAUAGCUGUUAGAUUUCUUCUGUACUGUAAAGUCUGCAUAAUUUGUAAUCCUCCUCUGGUUCUGUAAUCUUGUCACUCAUGCGAGCGAUGACGAGAGCAAGGACGGAUUGCAGGGAAGAAAAGCUCAUGGUUCAUGCUGUGUUUUUUCUUCCUAGUCAAAAUCGAUGGCUCGCAACUUUUAGUGCAAUGUGAUCUGAAAAGGAUUGGAUCUGAAGGUGUGUGGCGUGUUUUGGUUGUAGGAAUUUGUCUGCGCUUGAGAUGAUAUAUUGAAUGUCCGUCCCGUUCUUCCCUUUGA